CCUGCACUCAAACAAACAUCAUUAAUUAAAUUUAUGAAAAUCAGAUUGGCUGGGACAAUAGGUUAUCUUAUCAUUUGGAAGCUUGAGAUAAAAUAUCAGAAAAAUUCAUUUGGAUAUAUUUUUCGGUCACUGACCGGUGGAUCCUCUUAUUUCCAAUUAAUCCAAUGUUUUUACUUUUUAUACGUUAUCUUAUUUAAGUUGAUAUCUUCUAGCCAAGAUGGAACUAUCCUGUGCAGUUCAACAUUAUGAGUGGGGAAAAGCGGGCUCAAAUAGCGCUGUUGCAGUCCUUCGACAGAGUGCCGAUCCAACAUUCCUAAUCGAUGAGGACAAACCAUAUGCUGAGCUUUGGAUGGGAACGCACGUCAAUGGUCCCUCCAUUGUCAGUCUUGACAAUGUUCUCUUAAGUGACUGGAUUGCUAGGAACCCAGGAAGCUUAGGAAAAAAGCUCACAGCAACAUUUGGUCAGCAGCUUCCAUUCUUGUUCAAAAUUUUGUCCAUCAACAAAGCUCUCUCAAUUCAAGCCCAUCCAUCACUGGACCACGCCCAAGAAUUAAACCAAAAGUUUCCUCAUUUGUACAAAGAUGCGAACCACAAGCCGGAGUUAGCCAUUGCCUUGACAAAGUUUGAAGCAUUAUGUGGCUUUCGUUCAGUCAGUGACCUAAAAAAACAUUUACAAAGCAUCCCUGAAUUAUCAACAGUAAUAGGUGAUAGUCUUGUUUCAAAAUUUCUUGAAAGUGAUGAAGAAAAUGUGCAGAAUCAGCUGAAACAAUGUUUCAAAGCGCUUAUGACAGCUGAAGAAUCUCUAGUCGAAUCUCAACUUUUAUCUUUGAUCUCUCGCCUGGAAUCUAGUGAUGAAAAUAGUAAAACGGAAUACCAGCUAGAUUUAUUGAAACGGAUCCAUGACCAAUUUCCUGGUGACGUAGGUUGUUUCGGAAUUUAUUUGUUCAAUUACAUCAUCCUUGCACCAGGGGAGGCAAUCUACUUGGGGGCAAAUGAAAUACACUCAUACAUCUCUGGAGAUUGUGUAGAAUGUAUGGCUUGUUCAGACAAUGUAGUGCGAGCAGGUUUAACCCCUAAAUUCAAAGAUGUUGAAACACUUUGUAGCAUGCUUCAAUACAAUGCGGAACCACCCUGCAAGAAGCUGUUUCAAAGCAUUUCUGAAGACUCAAACACUUCAAUUUUUUUACCGCCUGUUCCUGAUUUUGCUGUUGCUGUGAUUAAGGUCGGUAACAGUUCUGAAUAUCAAUUGAUCCCACGUGAUUCAGCAUCUAUUUGUAUUGUGGUCCAAGGCUGUGCAUCAAGUGAAAAUUUAGUGCUAAAAAAAGGCAAAGUAAUAUUCCUCAAUGCUAAUCAAUCUAUGACCUUGAAAACUUCCCAAGAUUCAGAAACAUUUGUGUGCUUCCAAGCGUUUUGCAACUGCUAACAGUGCCUUUCAAGCUCUAAUUCCAACGGAAUGGAAUAUUUCAUAAGCAUUUUUGUCAAAACACACCAUACAUCUCAAGUAUUUCUGUGGCAUAACCUUAGCCAGAAAAUUUCUAUGUGUGCGUGGGGGGGGGGGGUUGACCUAUUUACCCUUUAUGAGAGGCUACUUAUGAUCACAAAUUUUUGAAGGGUGGGGCAGGGGGGCCCUAGCCAUACCCGUAGUGUUUGGAUUCAUUUAUAUGAGAACAUAGUGCACAAGAAUCUAUGCAUGAUGCAAAGUUCCUCUGAAUAGGUAUAAUGUUGAUGCUAAAGUAACUAAUAAGUCAUGUUGUCAGUAAUCUAUAAUUUUGUUUUCAAAUAUAUGAAAUAAUGAAUCCUUACAUAAAGAUGUCCUACCAGUUUUUGACAAGCUACCGAAUCAGUUCUGUUUUAAUGUAGCAGUGAGAAAAUGACCUUCACUAAUAGCUAUCGGAGUUUCGAAGUUGGCUAAUAUGACCCGUUGUCAUAUUUAUCAGUUUUUUGGGCUUAGCAAUCCAAUGGACCGGCUUCCUUGUCAACAAUGCCUCAACUCUGAGCAGUUUGAACAAGAGCAUCGAAAUAAAUCGGUUUUUCUAGACAGGUCUCAGUAACUGACAGCUCACAACUAAGGAUUUGUUUGAACAUCUCCAACCUUUUAGGGUAUCACUGUCUCUCUUUUUUGUCUUUCUAAUUAAAUGUUGUACUGUUUAAAGUGCUAACAGCAGGAAGGAUAAAAUAAAUAUUUCAUCAUUCCUGCUAUCAGCAGUUCCUUUGUCUUCAUCUAUUAUUUUUACCUUUAUCAUUUGAUCUAUUGUUUCUCUGCUGAGUGCCCUCUUUUAAAGUCAAUCCCAGCAGAAUUUUCCAGUGAGGAAAAAGAGGAAAUUACAAAAUUAGCAUGUAGAUCAUGAAAGAUGAUAAGACUCAAUGCUGAAUGUUGAGUCGUUGUCAAUUUGAAUUUGACUUAUUAUCUGCCAUGCCCUUCAUGCCUUCCAGUGAUAUCUGACUCUUUCUUAGCGAACAGUUUUAUUGUGCAAUGUUUAGUCAUGUAUUCAUUUUUUUACGUUGUAUGUUUUGUCUUCCAAGCAUUUUGUUCGCUUUUGUCUCUUUAUUGUUUUCAUAAGUGUGUAUAUUAGAACGAAGCCGAAGAUCGGUAAUUUGACCGCAAUUUCUCAGAUCUUCCUCUUUUCGUAUCCUGUUAUUUCAAGUUAUUUUCAAAUACAUGGUUUAAUGCCUAGAAUCUUAUUUUGUACUUCUGCUCUCUCAUCACAAUAAAACCAAGAGAAGGUUAACCGAUAUAGUCAAUUUGAGUAAAUAUUCUCAUGUGGUCAAUAUUGGGUUGAUUUCUCUAUAACCAAUCUGUCUCAAAGAAUCAGUCUCUAAUGUCUGACAAUGAGAAAUGAAUCCUGUGAAUAUGUGAUGCUCCAUGAUUUUAAAUUUGUGGCAUUGGAUUUUGGGAAUUGUCUGAAGAUGAAUUAGCACAAUCAUAAUUAGCUUAAGAAUGAUCUCAGAAAAAGUAGGUCAGAAAAUUGCUCUAUUUUUAUCAAGAAGCUCUGAGGAAAAUCAGCUGAAGUUUUUGUGCAGAAGAAUGAAUUUUUUUGCGGAAAAUAUCACACCCUUGAAGAUAUUUUGUUACUGUGUAUUGGAUUAACACAAUAUGGUGGUUGAUUUUAAUAUUUUUCUUUUUGUUUCAUUUUCUCUGAUCUUUUUACUAUAUCAGCUUUGUAUCCCAUUUUCAUUUUAGACUGAAAUUAAUAAAAAAAAUUUACAGAAUUC